AUGAUCUCACCUCCAAGCAGUCCUUCCUAUAUUCAAUAUCACUCUCAAUUCCUUUCAGCACAGCAAGGGCGAAACACCCUUCCUUUCUUCCGGACAUCUCCAACCCGCACUUCUACCCAUCUACGAAGUCACAGCAUAGCCUCGGGAGGCAGUACAAAACGUCGUGUACGUCCCAAUAUCACAAAGCUUUGGGAAAGCAUCUCUUCUCCAUCUCCUCGAGGCAGCAAGUCCUCCCCUAUACUCAAACAUCCAUCGCCAAUCCACAGGCACUUUCCUAGGUCCUCCCCUAAUAUCUUGCGCGCAAAGCGCAAGACCAAACGUCCUUCGGUAUCAGGCGUCUUCUAUUGUGGAUCCAGGGUUCAGGGUAAUACCAAUGGGGAUGUCCACGUAGACUACGGUGCAUUAGACCCACUUGACGGUGAAGAAGGUGAACUCGUAGAUCACGAAGCCUCCACCUCCACGUUCACUUCCGCGCAAUACCUACCCCCUGCCAUGUCAUACCUCCCCCUUCCCCCAGAACUCGUCCUACACAUUUUCUCCCUCCUCCCGAUGCGUUCAGUCUUAGCCUGUAUGCUCGUAUCUCACUCUUUCUACACCCUAGCCAAAGACACAAGCGUCUGGCUCGGAGUGUGGAAAGGAAGAGAAGGCCGUCCAAGAGUCCGACCCCGCGCACCUUAUCAAAGCCCAUACAAUCAUUCCUACACACACAACUUUGCAGGCACGAAUUUAGGACCUCUCCGGCUUAACUGGCACACCCUCUACCGCUCUCGUGCCACACUCGAAAGGCGAUGGCGAGAUCCGCGCGGUGAGCCACGGGUGAUGCGGAUUGAGGGGCAUGGAGACAGCGUCUACUGCCUCGACUUUGACUCGCGACGGAUCAUCACAGGAUCUAGGGACAGGACCAUCAAAGUGUGGUGUAUUCGCACUGGCGAGUGUCUUGCGACGUUUGAGGCUCAUUUGGGGAGUGUGCUUUGUUUGAAGUUUGAAAAGGAUUUUGAUGCGAAGCGAUCUUGCUCGCGCCGGUCUUUUUCUCGCGGGCCUAUUAUUAAUGGUGAAGAGGAGGAGGGUGGUGCCAACGAGGAUGUGAAUGAGGGGGAAGAGGAGGAAUCGCACGGAAUGAUGGUAUCCGGUUCUUCUGAUUGCACAGUACGCGUCUGGGACCUAUACGCAAAGCAUCGUGGUUCGGGAAUACGGGCUGAUGUACGUGCGAUUCUACGUGGCCAUUCUGGAGGCGUGUUGGAUUUGAGGAUGGAUGAGAAUUGGAUCGUUAGCUGCUCCAAAGACGCACUGAUCAACGUCUACUCCCGAUCUACGCUCACUUUGCAUGCUGUCCUACGAGGCCACGAAGGACCCGUGAAUGCCAUCGGGCUCGAAGGCGGGAGAGUAGUGAGCGCCAGUGGGGAUGGUCGAAUGAUGUUGUGGGAUGCUGCUAGUGGGAGAUGUGAACGGGUGUUUGAGGGGCAUGAGAGGGGGUUGGCUUGUAUUGAGUUUAAGGACGACCUAAUCCUAAGCGGUUCAAACGACUGCACUAUCAAGCUCUGGCGCGCAUCUACAGGAGAGUGUCUGCACACUUUUGCUGGUCAUACGUUGUUGGUCCGCGCGUUGUGUUUUGAUCCGAAGACUGGGUAUGUGGUUAGUGCGAGUUAUGAUAGGAGCGUUAGGGUUUGGGACGAGAAGAGGGGUGUUGGGAAGUUGGUGAGAGAGUUUAGGGAUUUGCAUGCGAGUCAUAUUUUUGAUGUUAAGUUUGAUGUGGGGAGGAUUGUUAGCACUUCGCAUGACCAGAAGAUUGUUGUUUUGGAUUUCACAGACGGGAUUGAAGGCUCUGAAAUCUUUGGGUGA